AUGGAUAGUACAAAACACAACGUCCCUCAUCUGGACAAUGUUGACGAUGCAUCUCGUCAAAAGAUUAAGAACCAUAUCACAGUGGGCCCCUACUCGUCCAAGCAAGUCUCGCAAAGCGCUGAAAUGACGCGCGAGCAGCCCGCUGUAGUGGCGCCUGAAUUGGCCGAUAGCAGGAAUGGUCCUGUACCUGAGUUUGGUCAAGAUGCACAAACAGGACCCGAGUUUGUUGGCAAGGAGGACCCUGCAAAUGAUUCACUUGCGAAGAAGAAGACGCUGGUACAGAAGAUGAAAGGCCUAUUCAAGAAAUAA